GACUCUGUGCCCUGGGGCUGCCUGGCGUCUGGGAGUCUCCUUAGAGCCAGGGCCCUUCUGGCAGAGGCUGAGGCUCCCCAGUGUCUUCCGGCCCCUCAAUGAGUGAGGCAAACCGAACCACUGUGGAGCCCUCGGAGCUCCCCACAGCAUCGGCCGUAUCCCCUGGACUGGGCAGCGGGGCCCGGGCAUGGCCUGUGCUGGUAGGCGUCGUGCUGGGGGCUGUGGUCCUUUCUCUCCUCAUCGCACUUGCUGCUAAAUGCCACCUCUGCCGCAAAUACCGUGCCAGCUACCAGCACCGCCCGCUGUCUGGGACAGUGAAAGGGGUCCGCCCCGAGGUGGGUGAAGAUGAGGAUGAUGAUGGUUUCAUCGAGGACAAUUACAUUCACCCUGGGGUUGGUGGGCUGGGGACGGAGGGCAGUAGGGACCACUUCUCCCUCUGA